AUGGCUUUCAUCGGAAAUUGGAUAGCAGAUAAAGCCGCUGGCUAUUUGGCGACUGGUCUUCAAGCUGGUGGAACAUUAGCUGGAAACACGGUCGGCAGCGUUGGUGGGCUCAUCGAGAAUAGUGGAAGGUCGUUCGGAGAAGGUACCGUAGCAGGAGGUAUCAAAGGCGUGGGCGGCUACAUUAACAACUAUGGCGAGACGAUCAAAGGCUCCAUGGCCGCGGACGGUCCUGUGAGCAGUGCCAACAAGAAAGUCGCAGUAAAGCCGGGCGACGGCGCGAAGAAAGCAUUACCUGGUGCUGGUGCUGCACCCAAAGGAUUGCCAGCAGCCAGGCCGAAGGCGGUUGGAGCACCAAAACCCGCCCCUCAAGCAUUGCGACCCAAGCCAGCGACAGGCGCAGGGGCGGCGAGGCCACCGCCAGCAGAUGGCAAGGUUCGAAUUGAUCCAGCCAGCCGGCCAAAGCCACCGCCGGGGGGUGUCACUAGAUCUCAACCCAUUACACGUCCAGGCGCUGCGCCUAAGCCCACCGCGCAGAAGACGCCAGACGGGAAAGUUCGUAUUUCAGCAGCAAGUCGUCCUAAACCAGUGGUCAAGUGA